ACUUCCCCAAACUUCAACUUAUUAUUGAAGUAUCCCACAGUGGAGUGGAGCAAUGCGCGCUGGGUAUACGUGAACGCUUUUACGCACGAGAAUAACAAAGUAGGUUAGUGUUUAUAGUUAGACAUAUUUAAGUUAUUUGAGUAGGAGUAUGACUUACAGACAUGGAGAGAUGGACGGCUGGCGUUGCUGGGCACUUUUCACUUUGCUUUUCAACUUGGAGCUGUCUUACGGCUCGCCAUCGUCCUAUGACCUCUUCCAGGGAAACGCAUACACUGGAGCCGUGCACAGACACAGAAACAGAAACUGGUGCGCCUAUGUGGUUCAGAAAAACGUGAGCUGCGCCGUGCAAAGUGGCGUGGAAACGUACCAAGAGCCCGCGAUGCCCCCGUGCCCAGCCUAUCGCCCCGAGUGCCAGCCGCAAGUCACAUACAUAACACGUUUCCGGCCGACUUACAAGAUCGCCUUCAAAAGAGUGACGGAUCUGGAGUGGAGAUGUUGCCCGGGUUUCACAGGUCUAGACUGUAAAGACAUGAAGCCAGUGACCAAUCAACCAACUCACCAGGGAACAGACGCUUUUAUACCACAAAAUCCAGCAUACCCCAGGCACACACAGAGGACAGAGCGCAGGGAGACAGGGCAGCAGGAGACGAGACACGGCGGCCCAGAUAAGGUGCGUCAUUUGGAGGACGAGGUUCAGCGCUUGUCCCAAACCGUCCUGGAUCUUCAGUCCACUCUGACAGGACUGACCAACAAUCUCAAAACUAACCUGGAAGACGACACCAAAAAGAUGCUAGUAACAUUAUUCAACAACAUGCGUCCACCUGAAAACUCCACUACACCGACGCAAGAGGAGAGUCCUGCGGUUUUGGAUGGACAUCAGACCAACAGAGGAGGAGUGGUCGGGGAUAAGGCGAUAGAGAAGAUAGUCGCCAGGCUGGAUGACAUGAACAACGCAUUAAAAAGCAAAGACGAAGCAUUGGAAGAUUUAAAAGGAACGGUGUCAAGUCAUGAGGGGCAACUUCGUGUUCUUAUGGAUGCAUCCCAAGCCCAAACGCCAGCCAUACCUGAAAUAGAUGUCGUCCAAACGUAUAUCGAUGGAAAACUCGACAAACUCAAGAAAGAGUUGAACCAAAACAUGCAAGAACAGUUGGUGAAGCUUCAAGUUUCGUGUUACGACAAGAUCCAAACUGUGCAGAAGACUUGCGACGACCAAGCUACGACUUUAUCCAGGCUUGUAGAAGUUAAAGAGACUGAUCUUAGGAAGGAGAUACGGGCGUUGCGUUUGGAGUUGGCGGCGAACGACGGACCCGUAAGAACACAAAGGCAGACAGAUGGAACGAAAGACGAGAAUAAUGACCAUAAAGAAUUGUGGCGGGAGAUUGAUCGCAUAGCAGAGGCUCACCGAAUAUUAAAUGUACGUAUUGACAAUGAACUGGCACACCUGUCCAGCCAAGAGGGGAACGGUGAUUUUAACAAUUUGAUCGAAGAGCUGGAAGCAAGAGUCAACAUCUCAGAACAAAACACUGAAACGCAUUGCUUUUACAUUGAGGAAAAGUUGACGCAAACCAUCACGGAAGAAGCUACCGCCAUUCGACAGUUAAUAGACGAACGUUUGAACAAUAUGGAGGAUGAGUUUACGAACAUGCUAGUAGAGAUUAGCAACAAAUCAUUCACAGGCAGGUUUGGUGAUUCUAUGGACGGGAUCAACACACAAGUCAACAACAACAAGUUACUGAUUCAAACUUUGGAUGACAAGAUCAAUGCAGUUGGGGAGAUUUGCACUUCGGGAUGCGUGGGUUCUGGGGAUGAUGAAAGUGUAAUCUCCUCCUCGGCAGCGCCCCCUAUUGGUUUCACACGCUUUAUGAAGGAUCUAAAGCGCUAUAGCAAUGAAUUGGAUACCCUAAGCAACAAGGUAGAUGUCAACACGGAGCGAUUCAAAGAUCUCGUAGGGAUAGUUGAAAGGCAGCAAUCUGGCAGUGAGAGACACAACACGAUGGUGGUGGACGUCCAAAAAGGACUUGUUAACCUGCAGGAUAAUGUAAUGAAUUUAGCUAGGGUUGUUACUGGCUUAAAUGAUAAAAUUAACAAAAAUAACCAGGAUAUGCAUGCAUUAAAUUCGACCUGCUGUCAUUUGGAUCAGAGAAGUAUCACAAGGCAAAACUAUGACGCAACUCCUGUCACUGGACAAGUUGACCAGCCUGAGAAUAAACAAGAUGCAUUAACUAAUCAGGUAAACUGCAGUCUCGACCAAUGCGAAAAGAUCAACCAGAAAGUUAUAGAUAAUCUUUCAGCAGUCAAUAAUCGUGUGUCAGCUUUGGAAAACAUGUGUGGAAGAUUAGAUGGGCUUUCAGAAAAUAUCCAAAAUGUAAAGGCGAGAUUGGAGAAAACCAUCACCGGACUAAAAGACAUGUUGAAGAAUAAUGGAAGUCAUGGGGCAAAUUUAACAGAAAUGCAGAGAGCGAUACAAAGCCUCCAAACACAGUUGUCUUCACUGGCCAAACACGUGUCAAAGGACAUCGCCGCUAGGGAGCCAGGUAUGACGUUGAGACCGGAGCGCCCAUCCUCUUCUCCCGUCUCUAAUCGUGGAGUCAAACACAUCCACAUCCCUCUCAUCCUCCCCCCAACCAACCCCAGGCAGCCUCCUCGCACCCCCACCCAGCUGGGACGUCCCACCACCACAAUCCACAAGCCCAGUGCUCCCAGCCAACCUUCGAGUCCCCAGCAGCCAGCAGCCCAACCCGUAUCUCCAGUAAAGCCCGUGGUCCCGAUCCGUCCCGUGGUGGAGACCGGAGAGGCGGGACCCCCUGGAUACAUGCGCAGGGUUACCGUGAGGAGAGGGUCCGAGGACUCAUCCCGCCGCAGAAGCCCGCCGAUCACUGGUUUUGCAGGAGCACCAGGUUAUCCCCCUCAGCCCGCAGCCCUCAGACCUCAACCCACCAGCGGACACCGAGCUCCUGUGGCGGUGAAGCAGCCAUGGAACAAGUUGUAUCAAGCAUCACCAGUGUCCAUGGACCCCAGCUCUGAGCCCUUCUCCUUCUCCGCUGGCCUCACUCAGGUUCCGGUUUUUGGAGACUUCAGUCUGAUCCGCUUCAACAAGGUCCUGGUGAACGAUGGAGGGCACUACAGUCCACACACAGGGAUCUUCACUGUUCCGGUGGGCGGUCGAUACCUGAUCUCCGGUUCACUGACAGCUAGUCCAGGCGACCAAUUCGAGGCGGUGCUCUCAGUCUCCAACCGGAGCGUCCAAAAACUUCAAACUUCGACCUCGUCACCUGCAGUACCUGGAGUUUCCACCGGGGGGAGCUGUGGCUGUGGAGGUUCGGUGUCCUUCAGCGUCAUCCUACCCCUCAGAAAAGGAGAACGAGUCGGGUUGGUUCGGACGAAAGGUCAGCUAGUGACAACGCCGGAUAGAGAAGUCCUAUCGACAUUUAGUGCGAUUUUUCUCUAUGCACCGCAAGCCACAAGAUAGCCAUAGUUAAAUGAACAAGGGACAAUUAUGGACUUAAAGGACACAUAUUAUGCAUUCUUGUAGCUUUAAUUCUUUCUUAAACAUGUUUUCGAUCACCUUGGGGUAAGGAUUUCACAUGUUCUUACUAAAAUAAUGUAUAUAUUUUGAAAAACACAAACUACUACUACUACUACACCACUGUUUCCGUUGAGGUAUUUAGGUAUUGGAGCUCCCUCUUCUCUCAACAAUGGGAGUGAAUGGGAAAAUAAAUAAAUGAAGUGUGAAUGCUACGCUAAUAGAGCCAUGUGUGACAGCAGAAAGAGUUUGGUGAUGGUUUAAUGAACUUAAAAACCAUGCAGAAGUCAGGAGUUUUACCUUUGAUGUAACAAUUCAGGUAAAAUGUAAACCAUUUUUGAGUGCUCAGAGAAGAGGACUUUGGUUUAAUGGAACAAUUAAUAGAGGUUAGUGAAUGAAGAGAGUGAAUGGAGAGAGUGAAUGAACCCAAAUACAAUUACAGGUAUGUUUUUGAUGAGGAGACAACAGUAUGACAUGGUUAAAAGCUCAACAAAGGCAAAUUUGCAUAAUAUGUGUCCUUUAAAUUGGAGCGACUGGACUGGAGGACAUGUAGCAGAGACCAUUACACCCAAUGGGAGUGUGGAGAUCUCCAGUUCUUGAUGUUAAAAUGUAUUUACUUUACACCUGUAGCGACAAAGCAGGAUUUGUGCCUAAUAUAUUGGAUAACCUUUUUGUACCUACUGUAUUGUAAAUGUGUCGUGUUUAUAAAUUAAUAUACAAAAAAGUUUAUUUUGUGAAAGAAAAAUACUGCUUGUAAAUGCAAAAAAUGCCAAAUCUUGCCCAUAAAAGUGAGACGCGCGGUAAAUGGUCAAUUUUUGGAACAUCUAGUGGUCAGAGUUUCCAUUUUAUUCCAUUUCGAUAAGUGCUAGACAGUAUGCUUCGGAGGGACGGUCUCCUGUGAUAGAUCAUUUGUGAAGUUAUCAAUUCAACUUGAGCAUAAGAUUGAAUUUGAUCUCCAUUCCUGCACUCAAUAUAUGAAAAUGAAAAAUAAAAUAAAAAGGACAAAUUGUGUUAUCCCUUUUCCACCUUUGCCAAAUAUAUUUAUUCGAUUUUAAAGGUGAAUUAUGUAACCUGCUUGUCUCCAUGCUUUGCUCAAAAUGUUCCACAUAUUGCAUCAAACUUAUUUAUCUUAACUAGAGAUGUUUCCAUUGCCAAAUAAAACAAAUAAAAACAUGCAUUGUUACUGUGGGGUCACCAGUUCAGAGAUCUGACCUGUAGCUUGGCCUUGUAGCAUCUACUGUGGAACAUUCUGGGUAAAGUGAUAAUAUUUACAUGAAGACAAGAAAGUGGCAAGUCCUCCACCUGAAAAGUUACAUAGUGCACCUUUAGAUUACUGUUUUAGUGACAUAAAAAGUUCAUAAUCAUUCAGAGCUCAUUAACAGUCUGUGCUGGUUCAAAGUACGCAACAGUAAAACGUUUUGAAUUUGUUUUCUGCAAUCUGACAUUCAAAACCACUGAUAUUGCUUAAAAAAAUGAUAAAAUGAUUUAAAAAUGUGCAUAAAAUAACCUGUGAUAGACUGUGCUUCUCCUCCGGCGGUGCUCAGCGACUCUGGGCUCUAGUUGGAAACAGGAAGUAAUGACACUCAAUGGGCUUCUUCCACUGUGUUAAUAAUGCUUUAUAAUGUUUUAAAUGUUUAUUUUUCUGAGACAAACAAAUGCAAAAGAGUGUUAUUUUGAUGUAAAAAAUAAACUAUGGAAAA